CCACCUCUAAUUUUCGCCUAAACAAGCGUUUUCUCGUUUCUCGAACAACAAUUGGAUUUUAUCAAUAAAAGGGGACGAUUUCAACAGCCAUGGCAACUUUAGACGCGGAAGCCACGGACGAGCAGUUCGGCAACGAUCAGCCCAAGUCGAUGUCGGGUCCAAUCAUUGGGAUUAUCUAUCCGCCGCCGGAAGUCAGAAAUAUCGUUGACAAGACCGCCAGUUUCGUAGCUCGCAAUGGACCGGAGUUCGAGGCGCGUAUCCGUCAAAAUGAGCUGGGUAAUCCCAAGUUUAACUUCUUGAAUGGUGGAGAUCCCUACCACGCCUAUUACAGACACAAGGUCAACGAGUUCCGCGAGGGCAAUGAUGCCGGUAUCACUGCCAUUGCCAACAUGAAGCAGCUGGCGGUGAGCAGUGCCGCCCAACAGCGCCAGCAAGAGCUUCUCAAGCAGGUAGUAGAGCAACAGUUCGUACCAAAGGAACCACCGCCGGAAUUUGAGUUCAUAGCUGAUCCGCCUUCCAUUUCGGCGCUAGAUUUGGACAUUGUUAAGCUAACCGCCCAGUUCGUGGCCCGUAAUGGCCGUCAGUUUUUGACCAAUCUUAUGAGCCGGGAGCAGCGCAACUUCCAGUUUGACUUCCUGCGACCCCAACACUCGCUCUUCCAGUACUUCACCAAGUUGCUGGAGCAGUAUACCAAGGUAUUAAUACCACCGAAGGAUCUGCUGGGCAAACUGCGCACCGAGAGCGCUCCGGGCAGGGGCAGCAUGAACCAGGUGCUGGAUCAUGUUAAAUAUCGGGCCAACUGGCAGCGCCACCAGGAAGCACAACGUCGCCGCGAGGAGGAGAAGAUCGAAAGGGAGCGCGUGGCCUAUGCCCAAAUCGAUUGGCACGACUUUGUGGUGGUGGAGACGGUGGACUACCAGCCAUUCGAAUCGGGCAACUUUCCGCCACCCACGAAUCCUGACGAGGUGGGUGCCCGUGUGCUAAUGGAGGAGCGUCUAAUGGACGAAGAGGGUGAUACAGAAAUGCAGAUUGAGUCGGACGAAGAAGGCGACUCCCAGGUGAACAGCCUUUUGGACAGCGGUCUGAAGCUUUCGCAAAUGGAGAAUCGUGUGGGUAUUCAAAUGAAGAACGUGUCGUCCUACGGCCAGCCGACUGGCGCCAAGAGAGACAACACCCAAGUGCAAGACAUGGACGAGGCCUCUAGUGAUGAGGACACUCCAACCACUAAGUUGCAGCCAGCUGUGGCGCCAAUGCUGCCACCCACCCACGACAAGGUAGUGGUCAAGAAAUACGAUCCCAAAGCAACGCAACCGAAGCAGGCGCCAAUGCCUACAGAUGAGUAUCUCAUCUCGCCGAUUACUGGUGAAAAGAUUCCGGCUUCCAAGGUCUCGGAGCACAUGCGCAUCGGUCUAUUGGAUCCACGCUGGGUGGAACAGCGCGACAAGCAUACUGUGGAGAAAAUCAAUCAAGACAAUGUCUUCGCCGCGGGCACAGCCAUCGAGGCUAGUCUCAAGCAACUGGCUGAGCGCCGUACUGAUAUCUUUGGUGUGGGCGACGAGGAGACCGUCAUCGGUAAGAAGCUCGGCGAAGAGGAGACAAAGAAGGACGAUCGCGUCACCUGGGACGGACACACGUCCAGUGUGGAGGCGGCCACGAGAGCAGCCCGUGCAAACAUUACGCUGGAGGAACAAAUUCAUCAGAUCCACAAGGUUAAGGGACUGCUGCCCGACGAGGAAAAGGAAAAGAUCGGUCCCAAACCAGUGGGCAGCAAGGCAACGCUUUCAGCUCCGCCGCAGCCGUCAACCAAGUCGCAGCACAGUCACUCCAGCCAGAGCCAACACCACCAAGGCGGCGGAGGUGGUCAUCACGGGCAUCAUAAUCCUCAUCAUCACCAUCCACCGCAUCAGCAGGCGCCACCUCACCAGUCGCACCACCACCACCCGCCGCAGCAGCCUCAGCCUGUAAUGCAGCUGAUGCAACUGCGUCCACCCAUGAUGCAGCCACCGUUUGGAGCUGGUGGUGGAGGCUACAUGAACAUGCAGCCUGGUGGAGUCCCUCAGCAAAUUGCACCUGCUCCACCUGUUGAUAUAAUGGAAGAGGAGCCGCCCUCUAAAAAGAUUCGAAGCGAGGAUAACCUGAUUCCCGAAGCAGAGUUCAUAGCCUCCCACAAGAGCCCUGUGACCAUUCAGGUUUUGGUACCCAAUUCCGACAAAUCAGAGUGGAAGCUUAAUGGCCAAAUGAUAGCUGUAACAAUGGCACUUUCCGAACCCAUUGCCAAUCUGAAGACAAAGCUGCAGGACGAAACUGGCAUGCCACCGGCCAAGCAGAAGAUCUUUUAUGAGGGAAUGUUCUUCAAAGACAGCAAUACCAUGGCUUUUUACAAUCUCGUAAACGGAACCACGGUGCAUUUACAGGUCAAGGAGCGUGGUGGACGAAAGAAGUAGGAGGAUCACAGAAUAAAGUCAUACCAGACACAAGUGGGCCAUAUAUAAAAAUGUAUUUGUAUAUGGAGUCGCAUAAAUUUGUAAUAAAUCGUCAAUCACAGAA